ACUUCAUUCAUGUUUACAUUUGUAGGUUAUAGGGCUCCUCGAUCCUCCCAGCCAAGACCAAGAGCACGACACGCCAGCAACAUUAACAAUACGGAAGGCUGCUCGUUUAGUGUUACUCACCGAUAACAAGAGGAUACCACAUCCAUCGGCUCCAGAGGUACAGAGAUGUGGCUCACCUGUUUGCUUGUUGAGGAGUGUGGCAGUGUCUUAAGAAGCUCUUGAAGCUGAGAUCCGUGAUUCAAAGAGGUGUGGACAAAGGGGGAGCAACACCCUCUAAUAUCGAUGACUUCACCAGUGCAGGUCAGCUGAGCACAUGUUUCUCAUUCAGGAUGGGUCUACCUCUGGACAGCCCAGAAAGAAACACCGACACACAUAAAUGUGAGCAGCGGGGUGAGGGAGAGGAGAGCGAAAGCCAAACUGAAUCUUACAAAUGCAUUCCGCAACCCGUCAACAAGCAGAGAAGGAAAAGCAAGAAGAGACUGUGGAUCAACCUCACCAACUGCAAAUAUGAAAGUGUGUGGCGAGCUGCUCGUAGAUACGGCCUCAGAGAGGCGAUGGACGGUGAAGAUUGGACGCUGUUCUGGACCGACUGCUCAGUGUCUCUAGACCGUGUUAAGGACAUGAAGCGUUACCAGAAAAUAAACCAUUUCCCGGGGAUGAGCGAGAUCUGCCGCAAGGAUUCUCUGGCCAGAAACAUGAACCGCAUGCUGAAGCUCUUUCCCAAAGAUUACAACAUCUUCCCCAGAACAUGGUGCCUUCCUGCAGAUUACAGCGACUUCCAUGCUUACACCAGGGCCAAAAAACACAAGACGUAUAUCUGUAAGCCUGACACCGGUUGUCAAGGCAAAGGCAUCUUCAUCACCAAAUCCAGUAAAGACAUCAAACCUGGAGAACAUAUGAUCUGCCAGGUUUACAUCUCCAGGCCUUUCAUCAUUGAUGGGUACAAGUUUGACCUGCGUGUCUAUGUGCUCGUGACGUCAUGUGACCCAUUCAGCAUUUUCAUGUUCAAGGAGGGCCUGGCUCGCUUCUGCACCACAAAGUACAGCGAACCAAUGCUCAGCAAUGUGGAUGACGUGUGUAUGCAUCUCACCAACUAUUCCAUCAACAAGCACAGCGAGAAUUUUGUCCGUGAUGAGGAUUCUGGGAGCAAACGAAAGCUGUCCGCCCUGAACAAGCUCCUGGAGUCCAUGAACUACAGCACAGAGAAGAUGUGGAGCGACAUCGAGGACGUGAUCAUAAAGACUCUGAUCUCGGCCCAUCCCAUACUCAAGCAUAACUACCAAACGUGUUUCCCCAACCACACCACCGGCAGCGCAUGCUUUGAGAUCCUAGGCUUCGAUGUACUGUUGGAUCACCGGCUCAAACCCUGGGUGUUGGAGGUGAAUCACUCCCCAAGUUUUACCACUGACUCCCAGCUGGACCGCGAGGUGAAGGAUGCUUUGCUGUACGACACUCUGGUUCUCAUCAACCUGAGCGCUUGCGAUCGUCGUAAGAUUACUAAAGAGGAGAGACGCAAGGUGAAGGAAAGGCUGCAGCAGCACCGCUCCAGAGAGGCCAGGUCAGAGGAGCUGCGUCAGUGCCAGGCAGCCACGGUGAAGCAGAUGGAGAGGUACGAGGCCAAACACCUGGGAGGCUUCAAGAGGAUUUAUCCCAGAGAGGGAGGGGAGAAAUACGACAAGUACUUUAAACACAGCAGCUCGCUCUUCCACGAGACGGCGGCAUCAAAGGCCAGAGAGGAGUGUGCCAGGCAACAGCUGCAGGAGCUGCGUCUGAAGCAGGAGCAGAAUGAGCACUACCAAAGGAGAGGCCGGAGGAGAGACUCGCAGGGGGAGACUGCAGGGGAAGGAGUCAAACCACGAAGGGCCCCAUCAGCCCCGACCCCCAUUUCUAACUGCGACCCAGCAUUGCCUCCUGUGUCUGGCCUGUCAGCAGCUCCGGAGUCUGCAGAGGUCCAAGAAGAGGAGCAGGAGCAUCUGGAUAAGGAGGAGGAGGAGGAGAAGGUGGUGGAAGAGAGGGAGGAGGAGAAAAAAGUGGUAUUAAUAGGCGACCACGAGCAGCUCGGCGUGCUGUACCAGAGGCAAAAACUAUUGCAGGACCUCGGGGUGGUGAGCCAGAUCCAGCAGCUGCUGCAGGGCCACAGAGAGGGAGGGGGAGCAAACGACUUCUGCUCCCAGCAGCAGAGAAAUCAUCAAAGGCAACACAGGAAGUUGGAUUCACUGACACAUUUUUGUCAAAGGACUAAAGAGCAGGACAUACCUGUGCAGCAGCUCGGGUCCGUCAUGACUCAGCAGCGUUUCCUCCGGCCCACUGUGCACCGCAGCUGCCCGAACGGCGAGUCCAAGAGCCACGGCAGAGCGGGAGAAAUACGCCGGAUCGUCAGCCCCCAGCAGGCGUCCUGGCCAGACUUCUUCUUUCUUCUGUUUUCAGUCAGCGACUCUCUGAGCAGCUUCUACACCGACGCCCGGUCCCGUCCCGGCAUCCCGACCAUAAACUGCAUCUCCAAAGGAGGCCCUCGAUGCACCAACGACGUGUCCCACGACCCCGACGCCCUGCGCAGCCUGCUCGUCAUCUCCACGUGCGUCCCGCUGCUCCGGAGGCCUGGCUUCCCUCACAGAGCGACCCAGCACGGUAAAGGGCAGUGAGGGCAGCGGGACCGCCGACCUCACGAAGCCCCUCCGAGUCCAGACCUGCAGCUCUCACCUCACACUGAAGCUGCUCCACAGAGAAAUACAAAGAGCCUUGAAGAGAGAAAAUUCAGAAAUACACAAUGCCUUUGAUGAACAUGGAUGUUUGUAUAUAGCUUUUAUACCUGCAAACCAGCUGCCUGCCACUGAAUGAGCUCCAGCUCAGUAUUUUUUUUAAAUACUGACUCUUUGUACUCAGAUUUAUCCAUUAAAUCUAACCUGAUGCAUAAAUCUGAGAUAGAUGUUUAAUAUUUUUGCUCUGAGGAUGAAUUAUUUCAAACAGAGUGCCAAAAUAAAAGCAUGCUGGGUUAACAUGAUAUUGAAAUCUUUUACUCUGGAAGAAAAAAAUGUGAUUCUAAUAAACUCACUGAUUUAUAUGAACAUAAACUGGCUCAGCUAAACUGAAACUAUUAAAGGUUCAUUAUUUAAUAUUAAAUUUAGUUUGAAAAGCUUCACACUGGGGGACAUUAAGGAUAAAAGCCAGCUGCUCUCAUGUUUGUGCAGUCAAGUAUUGAAAAUAACUUUAUUUGCGCUGAUGAUCAAUAAAAUGUCUUUUUUUUCAAGUGA